AUGGCGUCCGCAGAGCCUGUGGACCACUGUGGCUUCUUACCCUUUUAAUUUGAAGCCGAAUGGGGGGGUGUCUUCGUUUGGCUGCUGGGUGAUAACAUGGCAGUGCACCUCUGCCGACCGCUUCCUUGACUCCGGAAUCGCACCCGCAACUUCAUGUCCGAAGGAGCCAGAGCUGCCUGGUCGAAGAGGGGUUGUGGGGAUUCGCGACGCCGAGAACCAGGGAAACAUAAACACAGGAAAUGCGAGCGGCCCCUUAGCAUUCAGACGUCAAAGCCUAUGAUUGUUCGCCCGGGCUCCAAAAGGUGUGUUAUGUCGGGGGCGGAUGUGGAGGUGUACCUGUCCCAGGUGCAUGAUGGGAGUGUGUCGUCUGGCUUCAGGGCACUAUAUGAGGAGCGCCUGUUGCUGGAUGUUACACUAUUGAUAGAGGAGCAUCAUUUCCAGGCUCACAAAGCGCUCCUGGCAACCCAGAGCGAUUACUUCCGGGUCAUGUUCACAGCGGACAUGAGGGAGAGGGAUCAGGACAAGAUCCACAUGAAGGGGCUGACGGCUGCAGGGUUCGGCCACAUUCUCCGGUUCAUGUACUACGGCUCCCUCGAGCUCAGCAUGCCCACUGUCCAAGAGAUCCUACAGGCGGCUAUGUACGUCCAGCUCACGGAGGCAGUGGAGUUCUGCUGCUCCUUCCUGCUGGCUAAGAUCUGUCUGGAGAACUGUGCUGAGGUCAUGCGUCUCCUGGAGGAUUUCAGUGUGGGUGUAGAAGGUGUCCAGGAGCAGCUUGAUAAUUUUCUACUUGACAACUUUGUCCCUCUCAUGAGCCGGCCCGACUUCCUGUCCUACCUCAGCCUCGAGAGACUGCAGGCGUAUCUGAACAGCGAUGCUCUUAGUCGCUUCCCAGAAAUCGAGCUAUAUGAAGCUGUCCAGGCGUGGCUGCGGCAUGACCGGCGACGCUGGAGGCACACGGACACCAUCGUCCAGUCCAUCCGCUUCUGCCUCAUGACUCCUGCCAACAUCUUUGAGAAGGUGAAGACGUCAGAGUUUUAUCGGUACUCCAGGCAGCUGAGGCAGGAGGUCGACCAGGCGCUCAGCUACUUCCAUGAUGUCAACCAGCAGCCUCUGGUGGAUUCACGAUCUAACCGCAUCCGCUCUGUCCGCCCUCAGACUGCUGUCUUCAGGGGAAUGAUUGGUCACAGCAUGGUCAACAGCAAGAUCCUGCUGCUACAGCGGCCAAAGGUGUGGUGGGAGCUGGAGGGGCCUCAGGUGCCAUUACGGCCAGACUGCCUGGCCAUCGUUAACAACUUUGCCUUCCUGCUGGGUGGAGAGGAGCUGGGGCCUGAUGGGGAGUUUCAUGCUUCAUCCAAAGUGUACCGCUACGACCCACGGCAGAACUCAUGGCUACGUAUGGCAGACAUGUCUGUUCCCAGGUCAGAGUUUGCUGUUGGUGUAAUUGGGAAGUUUAUUUAUGCUGUGGCGGGCCGCACGCGAGAUGAGACCUUCUAUUCCACAGAACGUUAUGACAUCACAGAGGACCGCUGGGAGUUUGUGGACCCGUAUCCUGUCAAUAAGUACGGCCACGAGGGAACGGUCCUCAAUGGAAAACUGUACAUCACUGGAGGCAUCACUUCCUCCUCCACCUCCAAACAGGUGUGUGUGUUCGACCCAGGGCGAGAGGCAGGAGGAGGAGGAGGGGGAGGUGGGAGUUCUGGCGGGUCGGACGCACACAGGACACGCGCUGUCCGAGGACCGCUGCUCCCUGGCACCCAUGCCAGCUGCUGGGAGAAUAAAUCCAAAAUGAACUACGCCCGCUGCUUCCACAAGAUGAUCUCUCACAACGGGAAGCUGUACGUUUUCGGAGGGGUGUGCGUCAUCCUCCGGGCCUCCUUUGAGUCACAGGGCUGCCCUUCCACCGAGGUGUAUGACCCAGAGACAGAUGAGUGGACCAUCCUGGCCUCCAUGCCCAUUGGGCGCAGUGGCCACGGGGUGGCAGUUUUGGACAGGCAGAUCAUGGUGCUGGGUGGCUUGUGUUACAAUGGCCACUACAGUGACUCUAUCCUCACCUUUGACCCAGACGAAAACAAGUGGAAGGAGGACGAGUAUCCCAGGAUGCCUUGCAAACUGGACGGGCUGCAGGUGUGCAGUUUGCACUUCCCAGAGUAUGUGCUCGAGCACGUCAGACGCUGCAGCUGAGGUCUGCCUCCUUUUUAUAGAAAUGGGAAUGCACAGGUGUUUACAGGCGGGACAGGCUUUUCAUCCGGAGACCAGCACUUAGCUAAAAGCGAGGAAAAGAUGGUCUUGGCCGUCAAAGCGUGGCGUGGUUGAACGUCACACAGUACGGUCAGCUGGAACAUUUUCAGAAUUAGCUUUCUCAGAAAAUCAAAAUCUGUUGGUGUGUGGAGAAAAAAAGGUUCAUCCUGCUGGUUUAUGUUUGGACUGUGGUCAGUUUCCUGUCCUGCUGUACUUAGGCGUCCAGUCAGACUCACUGCAGAAACGCACUGGAAGCAGAUUCUUUCACAAACACACCUGUAUACUCCGUCAAAGGAAGCUGUAUCCUGAAUUCAGACCGGUCCUUUAUAUCUGUAAUCAAGUUGCUUUUAAUAGGCUAGAGAAAACAAAAAGCACCUGCUAAAAGUUCCCUGUAACCUAUUUAACUGCAAGAUAAACCGUACAAUGAGGUAUGUAAACACUAGUGUAGCUCAGGCAGACUGUAGACAACAGAGGCUGCUGAUGUCAGACUAUAAAUUCAUGAACUAAUAAUAAUAAUCGCUUCCAGUGCGUUCCAGCGUUUAGUCCUAUAAUUCUGCUCUUUACUCCCAGUUAUCCACCAGACUGUGCUCAUGUUCAUAAUCCAGCGUGUCUUUCUGUGGUCCCUCCUCUUCCUCUGGAUGUGUAUGUGUACUGAGAGGACAAACAACACUACAUGGUACACAAGAACUUCAGUUAGCAGAGCUGAGAAUGAUGCUAGUAGAUGAAUUUCCUAAAUUUCUUCUCUGUAUAUGUCAAAUCACUGGCUGUCAUUUACUUAGUCUCAUCCACAUUCCCAGCACUUUAUUGGUUCUGUCUGCAUCCUAUGGAUUUGAAUGCAGUUUACUACUACAUGACUGAAACAUGCUCUGACAUUUAUAUUGCUGAAAUCAGAUUCAGGCUGUUCUUCCCUCUUUUUUUAGUUAUUUCACAUUGUUUUAUUUAUUAAUAAUGCUUAAAAAAGUUUAAAGGUCCAGUGUGUAAGAUGAAUUGGGAUGUCCAAAUGGAAGUAUCAUUCACAGCCAUUUAUUUCUACAGAGGGAGGGCGCCGUUCAGAGUCCACUAUGUUGCACCGCCAUGUUUCUUUAGGCUUCCUCUUUUUUUCCAUUUUACAGUGUGGAGUCCAUCUGUUAAUGUGUGGACCAGAGUAAAAGGAACAUUGACACUAAUGAGGGCCUUCAUGUUUGGUGCCACCGUGGGGGAGGGUGAGGGGGUAUUCAGUUAUUAUCUUCAACUUCACCACCAGAUAUCACUGUAUAUUACACACUGAACCUUUAAAAAUUCCAUAGGGAGCUUUUUUCAGUUUAAAGAUUAUGUUUAUGCUUUUAGUCAGGUGCCGGUAUGAUGUGUAAAACCCCCUCCCAUUCACACUGUUGAUCAUGGACAAGACCACUUCCUGCACUUUGAAUGUGAUGAGGGAACACAAUCUGAAGUCUUGUGGUGAGAACUUUUACCUGAUAUUUCAGCAGUUGUUGGGCCUUUCACAGCUGAAAAUCUGAAUCACGAUUCAUGUUUUUUGUUACACUUUAGGUUUCACAUUGCAGGUUUGAGAGCGCACUAAAGAACUUCACAUGACAUUGGCUGAAUCCCUCUUUUCUUGACACUGAUUGAUUUGUAAACAGCUGGAAAACAGGUUUUGCCAACACAGCUUUUUUUCAGUUUGAGUGGCCAGAAAUUAAUGUACAGAUUCAUUUUUCUGCCAAUAAGGUUUACGAUGUCAUAACUACCAGCAGCGCCAUUGGUCACUUUCUUUUCUGUGUUUUUCCUCCCAGCUUCUUCAAUUAGAUUGUUUUCUGUUUUGUUUUUUUUUUUUUAACUCAUCUGUCAUAUUAAACUUAAUACAGUUGGGUUAGGAACCAGACGAGACAUUUGAGUCCAUCUACUUAAGCUUUUGGAAACACUGAUGGAUGUACUGGUGUGUAAUUGACCAAACACUGAAUCAGUUGAUGAAGAAGUUAAUCAGCUGAUUAGCUGACAAUUAAAAUAUUUAUUAGAUUUAGACCUAUUCCUAUUAAAGCGCCGUCUUUUGGGUCUUUUUUCCUUGUUUGAUUUAUUACUGAUGUAAUUUUCUGUAAUUGGUCCCAAAGUCCAGAUCAUCCACAAAAGUAUUUUCACAUUAGUAACUAAUUAAACCAUGGUUUCAACUGUUUAAGAUUUCUCUGUAAUAGUUUUAGUUUAUCGAAACCGAAAAAGAUGGCUAUGAAAAGUGCCAUAAGUCAAAGUCCAUCUCUAACUUUGAAACUGACAUCUGUGUUUUUGUUUCCCUAAGAUACAUUUUGGAGGAAAGUGAUCAAAAAUUAAAUUUGUAACCAAAUAGCUCUCACCUUGGAGGAAAUCUAUUUAUUUUUCCAACUGAAACAAUUUAGAUGUCCCUGCUCUGUGGAUUGUGUACCCCAUGGGUCACAGUAGAGAUGUAGGAAUGUUUCAGUGUCCAGUAUCAAAGGAGGGGUGAUCACAGCUGUUUGACUGUUCAUACAAGCACCUGACUGUUGUUUUAAGACUUGAUUUGACUGCUUAAACACUGGACUGAAUCCUGAUUUUCAGCUCUGAUCAUUGAAACCAAACAUGACUAUACCAGCCAGUGUUUGAAGGCAAAUGUUAACCAGCUUUACAUCUGAAAUGUCACCUGGAUCUUCACUUGCAAUAAGUCAGAGGACAUGUUCAUGUGAGCAUUCCAGUGCUUUUCAUACUGCAAAUCAAACUUCACACCUUUAUCUUUUUCUAGAUGUUACUUUUUUGUUUUUUAUUUCAUGAGCCAACUGUGAAAAGGGCUAGAGCACACACUGAUGCAUUUGUCUGCCAGCCGCCUAUUUAAGUUAUUUAUUUUCUAAAGUGUUGCUUUUACCAAGCUAUGCAGUAACAGUAGUAGGAUUAUUUAUUACGACAAGACUCAUUGUAAAUCGUGUUGUUUCAUCUUCUGCCGUCCGUCUUUUCCACCUCCGCAGCGCUGCAUGUGGCUCAUGAAUGGAUGCUGUGAGAACAGUGAACAUAUUCAAAUCCUGCUCCAACAGCAGGCAGAUUUUAAAGAAAACACAGUGACCUUUUGAAUUACCAGUGCAUUUUAUUUCCAUCUGCAAUGACUAACAGUUCCCUGUAUGCAAAUGAUCACUCUCACCACAGUUUUCAGAUCAUUUCUAAAACAGAAACCUGUGUGUUUUAAAGAGAUGAGACACUCCUUUUUCUUCUGAUGUACAACACUGGUUUAAACCUUUAAUUCAUGGCGACCUCUCCUCUGGUUCUCUGACCUCCCCUUUUGUCCAGAAACAGUUCACAUUUAUGACUCUUUGUCACUUGGGUGCUGGUAAAAACCUUACAUGAGCUUUAUGCAUCGUAUGAUCUGUUAUGGUAAAAUGUUCAUCUGUAGAAAAAAGCAGAUUUGACAACAUAAAACGUGGAGCAGAAGUGAAGUUGAAACACUGUGACUGGUUAAUCACUGAAAGGAAAAUUAGUCAACAAGUGUUUGGAUAAUCGAUUCAGUGCUUAUAAUUUUUCAGGUCAAAAUAACAAAAUUUGGCAAAAUUUGUUUUAUGUUUUUCCAGUGAGAUCAUAUUGUAUUUCCCAUAUUAUACUUUUUAAAAACAGUUCAACAAGCUAAAUGGAAACAUUGAAAGAAAAGUAUACUUUCUUUUUCAGUUUAUGCCACAAAGUUCCAAACUUCAUUCUAUUUUUAACCAGUUAAAGCACGGUAAAAACAUCUCUUUUUUUAAGUAUUUAAAGCAAUCUACCCAUUCUCAUGUUUUUUUUCUGAGUUUCUUUUAAUUUUGCACCUUACGCCCUUUGAACAGCCCCAUAGAUCUGUUUAAGAGGUCAGAGGUCACUUUUCUCCCUACAUAUCUGCUGCUGUUCUUUUGCAGCAGGAAUCCUAAACAUCACAUCAUCCACUCUACCUUCUUCUCUCUGCUGCUCCUUCUCAUGUCGCUGUUUAGAAGAAGAAAAGUGUAACCAAUAAACUCCUGAUUUGAAGCACAUCCAGUCAUCGCGCAGCAUCCUUUAGUCCACCAGUCUUCAGUCUGUCAGUAGGAAAACAGAAUAGAAUAAAGAGGAUUU